ACAUGGCGGACAGUUGUGGCAAUUUGGAACCGGUUGGCCAAAUGCUCGAAGCAAUUCAUUUUGCCGCCACAAAACAUAGAGAUCAACGACGAAAAGACCCAGAGAAAACUCCGUACAUUAAUCAUCCCAUCGGGGUUGCUUACAUUCUCUGGAAAGAGGGUGGUGUUUAUGAUACAGAUGUCCUUCAGGCAGCUAUUCUUCAUGAUACUGUUGAAGAUACCAACACUACAUUUGAAGAAGUGGAGUCAAAGUUUGGACCAGAAGUGCGACAUAUUGUUACAGAAGUAACUGAUGACAAGAGACUUCCCAAAUUGGAACGAAAACGGCUGCAGAUUGUCCAUGCAAAAACUUCCAGUCACAAAGCGAAACUUGUUAAGCUUGCAGAUAAACUUUUCAAUUUGAGAGAUCUUAAUCGUGUUACCCCAGAAGGCUGGACACAAGAGAGAGUCGAUGAAUACUUCCGGUGGGCUCAUAAAGUUGUUGAAGAACUGAAAGGAACAAAUGAAGCUUUAGAAAAUGAACUUUAUAGAUUGUUUGCCCAGCGUGGGAUUACUGAGAUAUAGCGUAGAAGUGAGUAGUUAAGCUAUGUAUACAAAUUAUAGCAUUUUGAAUUAUUCAUACGUCAUAGAAAAGCAUUAACUGUACAACAUACUCAGAAUUAGCCAUUAUAUCAAGCUGGAGUAGUGACAACGGUCUCAUUCUCAACGCCAAGAAAUGCGAGUCCCUAUCAUUUAGACGACCCAAGGCUCAACGUAACCAAACGAAUGAAGAAGAUAUUAGUUUCUCGGUAAAUGGGACAGUUACAAAGCCGAACAUCACUUGCAAGCUACUUGGUGUUCACAUAGAUGACAAUCUGAACUUUAGUAAACAUGUUACAUCGUUAUGUAAGAAAACAAGCAAACAAAUAGCGAUCAUAAGCAGGUUUAAGAAGCUGUUAAGUACUAAAACAAAACUUUUGUUGUACAAAGCCUAUAUUCUACCUCAUUAAUUUUACCUAUUGCUCUACUGUAUGGAUGCAUUGUGGCAAAACAGCAGCUGCCAAACUCGAAAAGCUAAAUAAGCGUGCUAUGAGAUGUAUUUUUAAUGACAACAUUAGCACCUAUGAGGAAUUACUUGCAAAGGCAAAUAUGCCAAGCCUGCAAAAUAGAAGGAUUCAGGACGUGUAUACUUAUAUAUAAAGUUAUCUAUGCAACUACACCAACACCUCUUAGUAGUCUCCUGUCACUAAGAAGUAAUCAACGUAAUCUGCCUAGUAAAAUGAAGCUUAUUCUACCUAGAGCAAACACGUCCAAGUAUGGACUCCAUACUUUUAGGUACUACGGUCCGAAGAUGUGGAACUCUCUGCAGGAUGAACUAAGAGCUGCUCCUACCAUUAGAAAUUUUGUUUCUCAAAUUAGAAAAAUAACGUUCGACACUUGUAGUUGUUUUUUAUGCUAUAUAUAAAAUUUUCAAUCUUCUUGCUGUCAUAUCAAUAGGUUCUUAAUAAUUAAUUAGUUUUAUAUCAUACAAUUAAUUUUACUUUUGUUCCCAAUUUCCUGAUACAUAAUAUUUUUAGCCAAUUUGUUGACUCAAUACCUUUAUUUCAUAUAUUAUUUUGCUAACUCGACACACUAGCUGUACACGCUAGGAGCUUAACAAGCUCCUAUUGAUCGAGUAUAAAUAAAGUUGUUGAAUUUUGUUGUUGAAA